AUGCAGUUGCAAAAGCUCGACCUGAGGCACCCAGUGACGGGGGAGUCUAUCUGGUUCGAUCCGGGGUUUGCAAAGUACUGGACCGGGCUCCCUGAAUUGAGAAUAUGGGUAGUUGAUGAGUGGCAUUCGGGCUGGGGCGACAACGAUAAUGACUGCGAGGCGCUCCGCAACUUUGAAAACAUGGAUGCCUUUCUCGCGCAACUCUCGGCGAUGGCAGACGUAGAAUACGGCGCCGGGAAUGAGUGGCAUCCGCUGGACUUUUCCAUUUUCCCAAUCUACAUGUGCCGGGAUGCUCUUGUCCGGCGCAACAAAUGCGAACCCCAGGUGCGAAGUGCGUGCAGAUGGUUUAUCUACGCCGCCGAGCGCAUUUGGCACAACUGCAAGCACCGACGAUUUCGCAAGGAGUAUGAGGCCCCUUGGUCGGGAUUCAGUUUCAAAUGCUGGCAUACCUGGGAGCGGGGCCUCCGUGCCAUCCAGUCGGAGUACCCCCCUGGAAGCACGCGGAUGAUGGUUACUGCCGCGUUGAAGGAGAUCGAUCGGGUGGAGGAAAUGAUAACACACUCGUAUUUGUACUUCGUGACCUGUCUAGGACACAUAGUCCUCAGCAGAAGUUCCCAACUCCCACAGGGCAAAGAGGGUAACCACACCGGUUUGUAA